AUGCAGGGGUCGCGAGGCUGCGGCGCCUCCUUCGGGAGUUCGCAGGAGGAGGGAAGUGAGGGCGGAGGCACUUCUUCGUCUCUCCGUGCGCUUCAGCAUCUGCUGCGCUCGACUUCGUCCUCGCAGCCCACGGUCUCCGUCGACUCGCAGUCCCAGUCUCAUAACGACUCGCAGUCCUUCGCCUCGCCUUCGGUCUUCCUCUCCGCGUCUCACCCUGCGUCGGGCUCCCGCUCUCCGUUUUCUCAGCCCUUUUCUUUUUCCUCUUCGUUCGCUGUGUCAGUUCUCGCGUGCCCGUCCUGCGGCGCGAGCAGCCGGUCUUUCUGCCUAGACGACAGCGGGCACUACGUCUGCGGCGAGUGCGGGGUAGAGCAGCAGGGUGUACGUACACUCGAGCGCGACGAGCACGAUGUGUGCAUGGAUUUCUUCGGGGGGGGCGGCGCAGGCGUUGACGGCGAGGGCAGCGCGCCCGCGGGGUCCUUCCGCUUCACGCGUGCAUGCGCGACGGCCGCGGGCGGCGUCGGGGAGGCGAUUCGCGCACUCGCCGAGAGCCAGAGAGAGGCGGAUGAGAAGCGGAGACGCGAGGACGAUCUUGCCACUCACCUUGGGGAGUCGGGCGCCUCGCAGGACUUUUUCUUCUCGCAGGAGGCGCAGGAGGCGCAGGUCCGCGCAGAGCUCGCCGCAGUCGCGGAGGAGGGGCGGCGCGGCGACGAGCGGGCGAGAGAGCUCCUGCGCGAAGAAGAGCGUCUUCUGCUGCUGCAGGCAAAGGGCGCGAGGGCGACCAGACGCGGCGGAGACGACGAAGGCGCAGCCGGCGAGGAAGAAGACUUCCUGCUGCCGCUCUUCCAUCUCUGCCUCGAAGAGGCCAAGGGCCUCCUCGGCGCGCUAGGCGAAGGCGGCGGACUCUCCGCGAAGGGACACAGCGUCGGGUGCGAGAGAGAAGAAGUUCUCCUCCAAGCCUGGCAGACGUUGCUGCUCUCCUGCUGCAGAAAACUGAGGCGUUUUCGCCUACCUGCUGGACUCAUCGAGCGCGAAGCCCGGAAGGCAAGCUUCUGCCCGUCCAGAUUAGAAAACCAAGCGAGAGAAGACCGAUACCAGUUUCGCGUUAUGAGGGAGGCCGAGUAUCCAGACGCCUGGAGCAUGUACCUGAAUUUCCUCGCGUCGAAUAAGCUGCCGGUUCGGACGUUCUUCUGCAACGUGACCAAGCACUCUUUCAAAAUUCCGUUUUAUCGGUGUGUCUCGUCUUCGCUGGCGGAGCGCCGACGCAUUUUGAACAAGCAGAGGGAGAUCUUAAACCACCCUCGCCUGCCGCCGGCGAUCAAAGCCGUCGUCGCGCUGAUGGGUCUCGACCGGCCGGCGUACGUUCGCCGAGUCGUGCCGUUCUACCGCGGGCGAUUUUUCAGCCACUCGCGGAAGUUCUUUUCGCUGCUUCUGCCGCCGCAAGCGCGCCAAGUGACCGCCGCGCCAGCCGGCCACGUCGCGGGCGGCUCCCGACGCACGGAAUGCGGCGCAGACGACGACGAAGACCGAGACCAGAGAAUGAACUAUCCGCUCUCGUUGCCCUCCUCGACCUCCCAGAUUUCCUCUCGCCCUCACGAAGCCGAUCGCGAGCCCUGCGCCGCCGACCCGAGCUCCUGGUAUCCUGCGUCCGCCUUGUCGCUUUCCAUCGCAACUGACUGCGCGGCUCACCUCUUCUCUUCUCCCUCGGCGCAGGCCUCGCCGUCGCCGUUCUCGCCGUCGCCGUUCUCGCCGUCUCCGAUCGUCGUCCCCGCGCUCUCCUGCGGGGGAGGCAGAGGUCCGCGCGAGACUGAGAGCGCGGCGUGGGCUGCGGCGGCUUCUUCCGGCGCUGCGAAGCGCGACGAGGAGGAAAAGGUCUCCCUCGCACCCUUCUCAGUUCUGCCGCUGCCGCUCCCGCGGCCGCGGCGGCAGGCGGCGCUCACGAACGCGGCGGGCGGCGGCGGAGCGGAGCGUGCGUCGAGGGCAGCGAAGGGGCGCGAGAGCGAGCCGUUUGCGCUGAAGGAGAAGCGCUCAAAUGCGCGGAAACUCGUCGACAAGGGGUGGGAGGGCGGUGCGUGGAGCCAGGCUGUCUGCGCACCGAAGUGCGCCGCGUGCGUCGACGAGCAGGCCAAGGCACGUGAGGUGGGGCGUCCGGCGUCGCGGAAGAGGCGGUCGGCGAGUGUCGCUGUGGAGCCGGCGCAUGCAGAAGGCCCAGCGGCGUUUCUCGAGGCGUUUGUGGAACAGAGGACCGAGUUGAUCACGCUCAAUCGCGUCGCGGUGCGUCGCUACGGCAAACACAUGGACAUGCGAGUGCGCAAUCCCGCGAGUUCGCGGGCCUCUGCGCGAAACAAGCCGAUCAAAAUGAAGAACAACGCGGCGCCGAUCGCCUCGCACAUGGUGCACAGACAGGGCUUCUUCGUUCAGGAGCGAGACGACCUCGGCGACUGCAGCGCGCUCCCGCUGUGGAUCCUGCAGCUGAUGAGCGUCGCGCGAGGGCUUGUCGAGAAUCCUGGCCCCAGUCAAGGCGUGCCACAGUUGACACAGUCCUCGCGGGCUGAGAAACGCGUCGCCUAUCUGAUUGACGCGAUCUACGAGCACGACUUCCUUGCGCUGCUCCUGCGGUACCUCGCGCGCGAAAAAGAAAACGAGAGGGCCUCGCUGCAGCCUCCUCACGAGGCAAGCGGCGCAGACACGGACGCGCCGGCGCCGCGUUCGGCGCCGCAGGAGGAUAGGAGCCAGGCGAUCGGAGGAGGCGAGGGGGCAGAGCAUCGCCCGGAGGAGAAAGAGACAUCUGUGUCGGCUGACGUCAAAGCAGCGUUACUGCCCCUUUCCCCGUCGUCCGCCUCGGGCGCGUCGGAGGUCUCGUCGGGCUCCUGUGGCGCCUUGGCGCAGCCUGAGCCGCCGUCCUCAGCUCUCGCUGUAGCUCCUUCAGCCUCUCUUCCAGAAGUGUCUGCCUCCUCUGUAUCGGCCUGCAUCUCUUCUGCCUGCGUCUCUGGUGCAUCCUCAUCUUCUUCGUUUUCAUCUUUCUCUGCGGCGUCGCCCACGUCCUCGACUUCGCUACUGUGGAUUUCCUCGUCGGCGCUCGUCCGCAAGUACCUCUCGCUGCCCUUCGCCCGCGCGUUGCUCGUCUGGGCUGCAGAGCUUACAGUCGAGCAGGCCAGGCGGAGGAAGCGACGAGAGCGCAGAGACGAGGGCGACGUGCUCGACUUCGCCUCGCGGAAACGACGGAGGCGGCAACCGUCAAAUGCUCUUUACGCCCCUGGGAGUCGCGGUCUCUGUCUUGCGCAGGAAGGAGCAGCGGUGCCCGCGCUCGUCGACGUGAACGCUUCAGGUGUAUGUACACCGUACCCAGCGGCCAGCGCGGCCGCUUCGCCCGGCCGUCGCCGACCCUCGCGAUACGGCUCUGCGUCGUCGACUUCUUUGCUGUCGUCUUCGUCGUCUUCUUCGUUUGCGUCGUCGUCUUCUCCGGGGCGGCCGUUGCCCUUCGAGGCAACCGCCGCGGCCGCAGGCUUCUCGCCUUCGCCUGAAGCUCUGCCCUCCUCCGCGGCUCUCAGCCGCGAUCCGUUUUUUCUGCUGCAUGCGUUCGGCGGGGGGCCCGAGGCCGCGGCGUGUGCGCCGCCCUCGGAGGCCGCACUGGUGGCGGAGGUCGUCGGCACAGUGAAGGAGCGGAGGAAGCGGAAGAGCAUCGGCCGGAAAGGCUUCCUCAGUCCGCUCGCCUUGCCGCCUCACGGGUCGCGCAGCCUCACUCUCGCGCAGACGUCGCCUGCAGGCUCCUCGCUGGCCGCGCUCUCGCCGUCCUCCGCCUUCUCCCCGUCCUCCGCCUCGCUCGUCUCCGACGCCUCCAGCGCAGCGCACGCCGCCGCGGCGCCCUUGUGCGCGCUAGACGAGCGCGGCGUCGAGGCCGAAGGAGAAGAACACGCGAGAGAGAGAGACAGAGAAGGAACGCAUCUUGCCAUCGUGCCUGUGGGAACCGCAGACGUCUGCCUCUUUCCUUCGGCCUUCCAGACUGGCCAGCACGGGGCUCCGUCUUCUGCGUCACUCCUCCAUCUGCAGGGGCCCUCCGACGCUACCUCUUUGUCUCCGGUCGCGGCGGCGCCAGCCGCUGCGUCGGGCCUUUCGGCCCUCGCGCCGUCGGUGGCCUCGGUGGCGCGCUCGUCUCCUUCUCUCGUCUCAACGCGCGGCGUGUGGCACGGCCGCGACCGGCUGACGCGAGGGCCGCUCUGCAGCAGCAGCAGCAGCCUCUGUCCUUCGUUUCUCCUUCUGCCGCCGUGGCUGAGCGUCGUCACGUCUGCGCAGCUCGAGCUGCUGCUGCUGCCCAAGCGAGAGUCGAGGAAAAGCAGGAAAAACCAGGCGGGCGCGGUCGGGAUGGACGGGGCGGAGGGGACGGAGGCGCCGCAGAAACACGCGAAGAAGAUGGGAAGCGUCCGCGCGCAGAUCGAUGCGGAGCUCGCGCGGCUGGAGCGGUGUCUCCUCGGCGCGGCGGAGGCCAGGGACAGCUACUCGGCGGAGCCGGGCGCCAACGGCGGCGGUCGCGAGGCGAAAUCAGAAGCGCGCGGGGCGAGGGAGCCGAGCACGAAGCACAGCACGUGGAUGGUGGCCCGGAUGCAGCCCGAGCGACGUCUACGCGCCCUGAGGACGAACGCAGUUCGCACAGUCUUUUCACUCCUGGCGCACCACGUCUCGAAGGAAGCGGUGCCUCUCGAGGGCGGGCGAACGAGUCUGUCCCCUCCAGCAGGCGACAAGGAUCCAGCGAGCGCUAUGGGUAGGGAGAAAGCCGCUCGCGCCUCGGCACCGUCGGCCUCCGCCUCGUCGCCUCGCCCGCUGACCGCAUCUCUGUCUGCGGGGGGGUUGAAGGGCGGCCUCGAAAGCGUCGCUGCGCCAGCGGAGGCAGACGCAGCAGAGGCGGCGUGCAGGCGGGCGCAGCGCGAGAGGCAAGAGAUUUCCGCGCUGCUGCUCGCCUCGCGACUCUUUGACCGGAGUCUACCCGAUGAACUCCCUGCAAUCGACUUCUCGCUCCUCCUCACGAUUCUCUGGAUCGCCAUCCUCAACUGCCGACUCCCGCUCACGGCGCACGACGUCCUCCAGUUCUUGCUCACGGACAUUCUUCCAGUCAUCUCCCUGCCGCGCUACCUCCCACCUGCGCUCUUUGCGUCCUGCGGCCUUUCCUCGGCCUUUCUGCUGCACCCGUCUCACCGCCUCUCAAGCUUUUCCUCCUCCUUCCAGGUCGCUCGCCUGCCUUCCGCCGCGGUGCUGCACCGCGUCGCCACCUUCCUCACGCAGACGGUUGGGGUGUACGUACACCCCAUUCAGCCCACGGCGCUGCUGCCGCGGCUCGCCCACGGAGUCUUCAGCCGCAGCGGGCUGGCCGGCGCCGGCAGUCUCGUUGCGCACUUCGCCCGCUGCGUGCUGGAAUGGGUCGAGGCGGACGAGGUGGAGAGGCGCAGAGCGCGCGCGCGCAGACGCGCACGUCGCAGACGUGCACGUCGCAGGCGCGAGGCCGCCGAAGGCGCGCGUCGAGCUGAGGCCGGCGCCGCCUGUUCGUCUGGCGUCAAGGGCAACGCGGGGGUUCCCCUGGGAGAGACUUCGGAGGCGGAGACUGCGGGGGGCUGGGCGCGGCGUGGCAGUGCGUCGCUCGCUUCGGAUUCCUUCUCCGAUUCUUCCUCCUGUGCCUCCUCUUCUGCCUCCUCAUGGGCCUCGUCUUCUUCUGAGCACGAGGCUCGAAGAAAGAAGAAGCGGCGUCUCCUCACUGACGAAGACGCCCAGCUAGCGGAUGCGUCGCUCAGCAGCAGCUCGGGGGACGAGGGCGACCUGAGCAGACAAUCCGCAAAGCGAUCCUCGCGACUUCUGGCCUCGGCCGCCGCGUUCGGCUCCGCUUCCCUGUGUCUCUCGUCUGCCCCCCCGCGUGAGACCUCGUCGUCUGCGCCGCGCUCCAUGGCCUCAGUUCUCGGCACAUUUUGCUUCAGGCGAUUCCCCGCGCCCGUCGCCGCCGGCGCGGCGCUCCUCCUCGCCGCGCGGCUGCUGUGGCCUCUCUGUUGCGCUCAGCCUCACUUGGCCUUUCCGCCGUCGCCUGCGUCUGCUCAGGCGCGGUCGCUGAAUCGUCGGCGUGAGCGCUCCCCCGCUGCUCCAUCGCCUGUCUCGUGGUCUCGAGAGGCUCGCGUGCCGCACAACACCGGGCAUGCCGCGGUCGCCGGGGAAGCGGAAUUUUCUGUCUUCUCGCUUCUGGGCGCGUCGCUUCGCUACGACUGCGAAACCGAUGCCUGGACGGCGCUCCUGUGCGGCGAAGCUGCGGCGCAGCGAAGUGCCGCAGGCGCCCGAAUCGGAGACACCGGAGACAGCGAUACUGGAGACGGAGACUCCGGGGAGAGGGAAGAAGUCACGCGAACGAUGGGCCUCGAUGGCGACCACGCAGAAACGCAGCCGGGCGAGGCAGAGGGACAGGCGAGCGUGCUGGAGGAGGGCGAAAGAGGAGACGCGGCUGGGGGCGACCGCGCGAGUCCAGAAGCUGCGGCUGGCGCCGGUGCCUGCGGGAAUGGGCAGCUACCGGGGCCGUGCUCGCAGCGUAAGCAAAGGAAGGCGACCCAAGUAGAGGACGAUGACCUGAGCACCACGAAGCACGAAGAAGGCGCUGCGUGGGAUGUGGCGGAAGGCGAGAUUGAGCUUCUCCCUCUUCUGCCUGUCGUGAUCUCGGUUCGCGUGCUGCGCCCGGGCGGGCGCGGCCGCAGGAGGACGUCCUUCAGGGAGCGCCCACCAGCCCCGACGGAGACAGGGCGUGCCGACGAUGCGCCGGCGCGACAAGGCAACGAGAACGAAACGCAGGGUCGCCAUUGCCCUCUCGUUUCUUUCAAAGUUCCCUGCGCCGCUGUGGGGUGGCGCUCGGCAGGCCGCGCGGCGCUGUGGCUUCUCGCGCUCCUUGUCGACAGCUUCUGCAGGCUCUGCUCAGAGCUCUUCACGCCUCCGUGUCCUUCUUCCGCGCCUUCUGGAGACGACUGUUUCGCAUUACCCGCCUCGUCGCUCGCGGCUUCGGAUGCGCUCAGUCGCUUCCUAGCCGUUCUGAGCGUUCGCGGCAAGCACCCAGGCGCAGAGAGCCACUCGCCGCAGACUCGCGCAGAGGCGAGUUUCUCCUCGGGGGGAUCGGCUCCGCGUGCCUCUUCAGGCCUCACGGCGUUUCCGCCGCCCGUGAUGCAGUUCCUCCUCGACGCCCAGGCGUCUGUGGACUUCCACGCGGGCCUCUCGGGGCUGCGCGCGCUGUCCGGCUCUUGGCGCGUCGCCGCGUCGUUCGCACGAACGUAUGUCUCUGCCAACGGUGCGAAAGUCUCCUCGCCCUCCACCACGCCGUCGCGCCGCCCCUCCGCCGCAUGUGUGUCGUUUUCGCCGCCCUCCGGCACGGGCAGGGGACGGCACAGCGAUGCGGCCUUUCUGUCGGGACUGCUGCACUCGGGGGACGGCGUCACUUCCCUCGACGUCGAAGCCCCCUUCGCCCUUCCCUAUGCGUGCCUCGAGCCCGCGGCGGGCGCUGGGAGCUGCGCGGGCGAAGGCGUGGAGGGCGAAGAGCGGAGCCGCGACGGCAAUGGAGGCAAAGAAGUACGUGCACAGGGACUCGCGCAGGGAGGCGACGGCCUGGCGCCGCGCGAAGACUCGGCGCGAGAGGAGACGGAGAGGGCGCUGCUGAGGCACCGGCUGCUGCGCCUGCUGGACAGGGAGCAUCAGGCGCAGUGGAGUCUUCUCUCGAGUCUGCCUACGAACCAGCAGCUGUUUUCGAGUCUCGUCUCCUCGUCGUCGCUGCCGGCAUGUGCGCUGGACACCCCGGGCGCCAGUGCCGCCGCGUGCUCGUCGUCGCCUCUCUCGGCAUUGCUCUCGCCCUCGCUGGCGCACCUCCUGCAGCUUCAUCCGUACUUGGACCUGAGCCAGGCCGAUCGCCGCGACGUCCGCAAGAAGCUGAAGGACUUCCUUGUCAACCGCCCGCGGCUCAAAACGGCCGCCGCCACAACCGUCGCCGCGCUCUCCUGCGAGUACGAGGACGCGGAGACGGAGAAAGAAGACAGCGACGAAGCGAGGCCGGCGCAGGGGCGCGGUGGCGGCGCUCGGAGAGCGUCCGGUACUCCAAACGGCUCUGAGGAGGACGACGAGGACGAGGAGGCGCCGCAGGCGUUCCGCAAGGUGCGAUCUGCGCGGCCCGGGGCGGCGGACCUCAGCCGGACGCGAACAGACGGCGGGGAGAAUUCCACGAUGCCCUUCGCGUCCCUCGCGGAGGAACUCGAGCGCGCAGCAGGCUCAGUGGCUGCGAGCUUCGGCAGGCUCGUGCGCGAGGCCAGCGAGGAGGUGGACGCUGAGAGAGAGAGAACUGAGAGCGAGGAGCGAGGCAGUCGAGGAGCGGGCUGGCGUCAGAAGAGAAGGAGACGGAGGUCGACGCGCAGUCCGGAUGAGCGAGACACGAAAGGACGCCACGGGUACGAAGUGGGUGAGGCCGGGCGGUGCAAGCCUCUCGUUCUGCUUCCGGUCUGUCCACUCGCGGCGCCUUUCCCGCAUGCGGAUCCACAGACGGUAUCUUCGCCUGGUCCCCACGGGGAAGAGACCUCCUGGCAGUGGCUAGGCGACCCUCUCACGCCGGUAUCUGCUGACGUCCUGCGGCCUCUGUCCGCGGAGAUCUGCGCCUCGGGGUGUGCGGCGCCCGCCUCGCCGUCCCUGCCUGAGCUCCUCGCGCUGCGAUUCCUGGCGGCCAACAACGUGCCGCCUCCGCCCUCUUGGACUCGUCUCUCGGCGCCUCCGCCUUCGGCCGGGGUUUGCAAUUCCGCUUCUGGGGCGCGCAGCGGGGCCCUAAAACCCUCCGGGGGAGCCGCUGACGAGGAGGAGAGCGACGACGAAGACGAGCCCAUUCUGGCAGCGGCGAGAGCCCAAAGACGCCGCGCCGCCGCCGACAAGACGCAGACGGCUGAGCCGAGCCGAGGGGUGACAUCUGCGGAAGCGGCGGGGGAGCCCGAGGCGCUUGCGGCCGACCUCGCGGCGAGCGUGGCGGCGCCGAGCGCCUUCCAGGAGGAGGGCUUGUUCACAGGCGGUGCGCGGAGGCUGCCUCCCGCGCUGGACGGCAUGGGCGCGCAAGAAGGCUGUCUUCCGGCGGCGUACCUCGUGCUUCUCUAUAAAGUCGCGGCCUUCCUUGGAAUCCAUCCGAACGAACUUCAUAAGUGUACGUACACCAUGGAGCACGCCCUGGUGCUGCGGGCCUACGAGGCGGAGAAGCAGCAGACAGAAGGCGAGGAGAAGAAAAAGAGGGGAUGGGAGGCGAAGGGCGAGGCCGCGCUGACCGCGGGAGCAGAGGAGCCAGGCUUGGCGACAGAAGAGCCCGACGCGCGGCGACACAGGCGGAGAACAUCAACGAAGCAGAAGAACGGCUAUGCGGAUAUAAACUGCAUCAAGAGAGUGCUGUCUAUGGCGGGGUCGUGGGGGCAAUGGCAUCAAAUGGAGUACGCCCGAGACGAGCAGAAGAAGCGACACGAAAAGCGGGAGCGGAAGGAGAGACAGCGCGAAGAAUGGCGGAGGCGGGAGGCGCGAGACAGACAGGGGACUGCGCGGGUGGAAGAAAUUCAUGCUGCGACGUUGGCCGAAGUGGCGCGCACAGAGGAGGAGGAAGACGACGCGGGGAAGCGAAAAGAGGAGAAAAAGAAGCGGAACGCGGAAAAGCAGAGGCGAAAGGAGGAGAAGCAGAGGCGAAAGGAGGAGAAGCAGAGGCGAAAGGAGGAGAAGCAGAGGCGAAAGGAGGAGAAGCAGAGGCGAAAGGAGGAAAAGCAGAGGCGAAAGGAAGCGAAACGAGAGAAGGCCUCUGGCGACAAAGGGACGGAGCGUGAUGCGAAGCACCCGCACGAAGAGAGACUUCCGCGAAAAGCGUAG